GAGAUCGACUCAACCCAAAGCUUUGUGGAGCGAGAGCAUGAGAGCUUCAACCAGGAAAAGCUCACGGCAGUCAGCGCUGACUUCCAGUCCAAGGGGCGUGGCACGGGCGGGCGGAGUUGGCACGCGACAAAGGCCCAAAGCGUGAUGGUCUCCUUUUUCUUCCGGUUCCCGUCGGAGCAGACCAACGAUUUCGUCAACACCAACGCGCCCAAUGUGACUAAGGUGCUGGCAGUGGCAGCAGUGGACACGCUGCACUGGGCUACGGAUGGCGCCCAGAAUUUCGGCAUCAAGUGGCCCAAUGACGUUGUGGUGGAAGGCUGUAAGAUUGGCGGCAUCCUGGCACGCGCCGUGCCUUUCAGAGGCCGCCUGGAUGGCAUCAUCGUUGGCAUCGGUAUUAACAUCAACACCUCGCGAGCUGAUCUGGACGCGAUUGCGAGACCCGUGUGGCCUGCAACGUCGCUUCUUGCACUUUCGGGCCGCGAAUUUGAUGUUGCGGCGAUACGCAGGAGGCUAUUGGGAGCGUUCGCAUUGGAGCUGAAGAGAUUCUUCAUCGACGGGUUUGCGGGUCUGCGCGACCGGGUGAACCGCCUUGAUGUCCUUCUUGGCAGCGAGGUUUGGUUCCGGGUGCACGAGUCUGAGGAGCCGUUUCGAUGUGUGUUCGAAGGCAUCCAG